UUGACCAAGGACUCCAGCUAGAGCUUGAUGAGGAGGGCGCCUGAUUACUCACAGGUACCUGGCCUGAGGACUCAAAGCAAGCUUGCUUGUUCAGAAGGCAAGGGUUGCAGCUUCAUGUGAUGUGUGAUGUUGGUAAAGCAAGCGAACGUUUCAGACCUGGUGAGACUAACUUGUUUCGAAGGGCUGGGGAACGGUGUCUAAUCUUAAGAAGCAGCUCCUCGUGCAACUUCGCGAAUGCAGGAGCCAAGCGGGUCGGUUAUGUUAGGUGGAAGUAGAAGAUAGAAAAUCGAAAAAUAUUGUGCUCAAUUGAGGAUAUGGAUCCCCCAAAGUUUGAUCCAGGGGCACUAGAGGCGCCACCAACGACACAAGUUCGCAAGGACCUCGGAUUCUGGAAGCGCUUCUUCCGCCAGAAGGAGGCGGUGACUGGCCUAGUUCUGACCAGCGCGUGCCUCUUCCUGUCGCUUCGAAUCAUGAACGACAAGAAGCGCAUCGAAGCUGGGACAGCAGAAUGGGAGAAGGUGAACAAAGAAGUGGAGAGUAGGAGGGAGGAGAGUGCGCGGUUAGCGGAGGAGAACAGGGGGCUGCGCACUGCUUUGGACGGGUUGAGAGAGCGGGUUUUGAAUGAAGUGAGGAUGAAUGGGCGGAAGCUGCCACCAUUGGAAGCGCGGGUCGGAACAGUGUUUGCAGAAGCGGAGUCAAAGUCACAGGUCGCGGUGCCGGAAGGGAGAGAAACAGAAAAUACGGGUCAAGAAAGCAGACAGCUCACGAAGUCGAAGAAGGGGUUCUUUGUCUGAUCUACAAGCUUGAUCCACACAAGAAGACUGUUGACACCAAGAUGGACGUGUCAGUUCCUUCUACCAACGAAAUGGUGGCUCGUGCGCUUGAAGAACGGAAUCUAAGCGCAACAUGAGCUUCUCGGUUUUUCCAAGUAUUGGAUAGAAACAGGCUACAAGGCGCUUGGACAGCUUCAACAGUCCACUAGGUACUGUGUGGAACAAUGCAAAGCUUUGCGUGCCAAAAUGCCUUCGCUACGGUGAGAAUUCCACAUCCUACCA